GCGCGGGUCGAGGAAAAUUUGAAAAAUUCCAAAUUUCCUCGCGACCAAGCAAGGGACAGACUCGGAAGCGUACGGUGGGCCGUGACGAGAGAAGGGACGACCUCCACGACCAUCGUCACCGAUAGACAUGGAGUCCGACCCACACAUGGACUUGCAGUUGAUUCGCGAAGGCGAAAUGGAACGCGAGCGGCUGCAGAAGGAAGGGUUUAACAUGAAACUACGCAUCAACUUCCUGGAAGAGCAGUUGCUGAAGUACAAAGAAGGGACGGCGUUCGAAGACGAAGAUUUCGAAUCCGAGAAUAUCCACUUGCGCACAGUGAUCGAAGAGAAAGUCCAAGAGCUCGAACGACGAAAUGCACUACUUGUGCGUGCACGUGAUGCCAUUGAAGAUCUCCGUUCCGACCUCGAGGCAGCCAAAGAGAGCAAUCGACUGAAUGCGUCGAUGAACCAGAGCCAACUCGAAGAAUCGGUGCUGGAAACCCAACGUUUGGAGCAAGAAGUUUCCCGCCUUGAGGACGAUGUCGCGCGACUCCGCAUGCAGCUGAGUGAAGCGAAUCGGAAAUAUGAAGAUCUCCUUCGCGCACACGACGAAUUGACACUGGAACUGAAUGAACGAAGUCAGGCAUACCAGCAAGUCGACGCCGUGCAGCAAACCGCGCACUGGGAAAAACAGAAAAUGAAGACAGAUCUGCAAGUCGAAUUUGAAGCCCGAUUGAACGACGAAAGGGACAAAUUUCAAGAGGAGCUCGCACAUCGCACCCGCUUACAAGAAGCGACGCUCAAGGAGAAAGACGCCGCUGUCAUUAACUUGACGAGAUCUGUCGGAGACCUCCAUGCGACCGUACAAGCGUUGACGUCACAAAAGAAGGAGGCAGAACUGAUGGCCGAAAUCUGCACAAAACAGUACGACGCGUUGAAAGAACAAAACGACAAAACGCAGCAACAACUGAUCGAGGCAACCAAGGAUGCUGGCGAAGCCAUAUCGCUUCGCAACAAGUGUGAAUGGACUGAAGCGCAGCUGAAGUUGAUGCAAGAUCGAUGUCGGGACUUGGAAGGUAAUUUGGACAAGGCCAAGGGUAUCGAGAGCUCCCUCCGUCAAGAUCUUACACGUGCUGUUGCUCUCAAUGGCAAAGUGGACCAAACUUUGGCAUUGCAAACAGACUCAACGUUGCGAGAAAUCACGUCCAAGCUCGAGAUUACGAUAAUGACCAACGAGUCACUUCGAGGCGAAUUGAGCGAGGCGAAUUCACACAUCACACAGCUCGAGAAGAACAUGGCGAUGGGUGAAAUGGCUCUGUCCGACAUGAAGCGAAAGUGUUUGAGUUUGGAAACGCAAUUGCGACAGAGUGCCGUGACCGCAGAUAAAGUCAGCUCGACGGAAGAUCGCGUGCAACGGUUGGAGAGCGAGAUUGCCCAGCUACAUAGCAACGAGCAAGAGUUGAAGAGCUCGCUUGCCGUGGUGCAGGCGGAGAAGGUUCAGAUCGAAUCGAUGCUCGUCGAUUCGGACAGGAAGCUCGCGAUUUUGAGAGCCGCACACGAAAACUUAUUGAGAACCCAAGGCGAAACAAAUGAGAGAUGGAAGCAAGAGCAACAAACGCUAAAAAACACGAUUGACACAUUGGAGAAAGAACGGAAGGACCUGCGUGGACAAGAAAAUGCUACAUUGAGUUCUCUUUCUCAGCAGCUGAAAGAUAUGAGCGACAUGAAAGGAACAUUCGAAGCAAACGUCCAACAAGCAGAGCUCCACUGGAACGAACAAUCGAUUAAGUUCCAUCAAAGCUUGGAUAAAUUGCAACAACGCCUGUUGCAAGCGCACGAAACCAUCAAGACCUUGUCUAAAACGCAAGGAGACACCCAACAACAACUUGCUAAGUCUCUUCGAUCCGAGCUGGAGCAAGCCCGACUGGAUUGGGAACGCGAAUUGGCCCAACUUCAAAAUAAAGUUCGUGACGAAGGCCGAAAAGCAGAAUUGGUGCAGUUACAACACACCCGUGCGCUGAGUAAACUUGCUCAAGUCGAGUCCGAGUACCAGCGAACGUUGACAGACUUAAUCAAGUCGAAGGAAGGAUACGAUUCGCUUAAGGGCGAGUGUGACCGACGAGGCGAACACAUUCGUUUGCUUCGUGAAGAAGUCCAGCAGGCACGACAACUGAGAGCAUCUUUAGAAUCGGAUCUCCGUGCCGCCAUGACAGAGCAGAAACCGUUGCUGGCAAAGAUCCACCAACUACAAGGCAAAAUCAACGAUCUCGAGAGCCAAGCAGCAAAUGAUUUGAAACAAUCAAAGUAUCGGACUCCAGACACGCGACUAUUUGGGGAUACCAACGCCGUGCCAGAUUUCAGUUUGGUCGAUCGAUUAGACAGCAUUGUGAAAAAGUCGACGGAGCUGCAAGAACAUACGCGUCGAUUUCAAGAAAAACACAGUGCAGUUUGGAACGAUGCCGUUUCUGGAACGAAACCAAUGCCAAAGGCAAUGGAGCUCGAAUGCAAGCGUCUGCUUUAUGCAAAUGGCAUCUUGUGUCAAAAGUUGGCCCAGGUUGCGGCGGAUUGGAAGCAAUCGAAAGUGGCGCCUCCCAACGUGACUCACUCUGACCUGAAGCAGCAACACCAGAACAACCACAUCCAGCAGCAACAGUACCAACCACAAUCACUAUUGAACCGAAGUGAGUUGGACGCACUCGUACAAACGCUCCACGAAUCCAAACAAGUCGUCUCACACUCAACUUUGGAGUCGCCUCACGGUCGACCUCACAAAUACGUCCCAGCCACCACACGCCUGGUCGACGCGUACCAGUCGUCGAACCGAGUGCUCGAGCGACUCAACCAGGAACUAGUCAAAGUCCACAGCACCAUUGCCGACUACUCUAACGCCACCAUAUCCAGCUAGAAGUUGGUGCAACUUGCUGUAACAUAUUAUCGAGUGCCAUGCGCCUCCCGACG